UUGCUGAUUGGUUGGUUAUUGAAGGACGCGUGUGAGAGGCAAGGGACUGAGCUGCUGCUGGGCACUGAGGAUCGGAGCCCUGUGGUGUAUGGCUGCUGAGGGUGAGCGGUGCCAGCUGGGCAGCCUGUGGGCACUGACAAGCUCCCGGUGAAGCCUGUAUGUGGGGCGGCGUUCAGUGGUGCAUGCUGGGUGAAUACUAAUACAGGGAGGAAGAGAAGGAGGGAAUGGUACUGUACCCCGCACAGCCCCACAGUUGGUAGUGCCUGCUGCGUUCCAGAGUAAAGAUGAGGCUGCUCAGGGCUCUGAUGAGAAGCGCCCCCUUGGCCAGCAGCAAUACCCCCAGCCUGGUGGACUUCUACUCCAAGUUUUCCCCGUCCCCAUUGUCCAUGAAACAGUUCCUGGAUUUCGGCUCAGUCAAUGCGUGUGAAAAGACAUCAUUUAUAUUUCUGAGGCAUGAAUUGCCAGUACGGUUAGCAAACAUCAUGAAAGAGAUCAAUUUGCUGCCAGACAAUCUCCUGAAGAUGCCAUCCAUUAAGCUGGUUCAGAGCUGGUACGUUCAGAGCUUCCAAGAAAUAAUUGAUUUUAAGGACAACAAUGCUGAAGACCCAGAUACAGUCCGAAAAUUCUCAGAUACAGUGAUCACCAUCAGGAACCGGCACAACGAUGUCAUCCCGACUAUGGCUCAGGGAGUGGUAGAAUACAAAGACAGUUUUGGGGUCGACCCUGUCACUUCUCAGAAUGUGCAGUAUUUUUUAGACCGUUUUUACAUGAGUCGCAUAUCCAUUCGAAUGCUGCUGAACCAACACACUCUGCUGUUUGGAGGGAAGGUGAAAGUGAAUCCAGCACACCCGAAGCACAUCGGCAGCAUUGACCCAGCAUGCAACGUUGUUGACGUAGUUAAAGAUGGAUAUGAAAAUGCAAAACAUUUGUGUGAUUUGUAUUACAUGAGCUCCCCGGAAGUAGAGCUAACAGAGUUCAAUGCUAAAUCUCCAGGACAGCCCAUUCAAGUGGUUUAUGUGCCAUCUCAUCUCUACCACAUGGUGUUUGAACUUUUCAAGAAUGCAAUGAGAGCCACCAUGGAAUUCCAUGCAGACAAAGGAGUCUAUCCUUCCGUCAAAGUGCAUGUGGUUUUAGGCAGUGAGGAUUUAACAAUAAAGCUCAGUGACCGAGGAGGUGGGGUUCCGCUAAGGAAAAUAGACCGUUUGUUUAACUACAUGUAUUCUACUGCACCACUGCCUCGAAUGGAGACAUCUCGUGCAACCCCAUUGGCUGGGUUUGGAUAUGGCUUGCCAAUAUCUCGCCUCUAUGCAAAGUAUUUUCAAGGAGAUUUGAAGUUAUAUUCCCUGGAGGGAUAUGGGACGGAUGCUGUUAUAUACUUUAAGGCUUUAUCAACAGAGUCGAUAGAGAGGCUCCCCGUGUACAAUAAAUCUGCCUGGAAACAUUAUAAGACCAACCACGAAGCAGACGACUGGUGCGUCCCAAGCAGCGAGCCCAAGGACAUGACCACCUUUCGCAGCAACUGAACCUCAGAUGCUCUGUGUAGAGUUUUUAAUGCCCGACUAACGUGGCAUUGCCCUUCUAUCAGCUCUCUCAUCCCAGCUGGGCGCCCUAUCUGUACAUGAACCAUCAGCAGUUACCCCAGUGACACAGUCCCUGCACACACGGAGGCAUUUGUACUUAGUCCUUCAGGUUGUCUCUUACAGGAAACAGUCUCUCAGUUUGUUGCAUUUUACCUGGGACAUUUGUUCUGGGUCCCCACCCGUUUUUAAAAGAGGUGGCUAAGCCCUUACUAUCAUGCCUUUGGUUCUUUUAAAUCUGUGAGAGGGACAGGAACUAAAAUCAUCUCAGGCGUGGAGAAGCAUAUUCCCCUUUUAUGUUUUGCCCCUUGGUGUUUAUGAGACAAGGAAACAGGGUACACUGAUCAGCAGUCACAGUGCAGAGAGGUGAGAAUAUCAGGAUAAUGUUCAUUGGGCAGGUCGGAAAAUCCUGUUGGGUGAGGACACAUUGGGACAUUGAUGAGGUCCUUUCCCAAUGGGUAUGCAGGGGAUUGGGAUCUGAUUUGGCCAGCACAUGGGUGGCCAAAGAUCCAUUUGUUUGGCCUGGUCUAUUUGUUUAUGGCCAACUUUACUCUGUUGUAGCCAAUAGAAAUAAUCAAAGAUAAUUACCCACAGGAACCAACCAGUGAAACUAAUUCUGGUUGGUUCCUGUGGGUUAUUUCUCUGCAGUAACAUUUAUAGCCAUGUUAUAAAUUCCCCCAACCCCUAAGGAGAGUAUCUGAACUCCAUUGUAAUGUGGCCUUAAGUCUAUGAGUGACUUUGCCAAUUAACCAGUUCAUCUCCUGGUUCUGAUGAGCAGGGCCAACUAGUAUACGUUAAAGCCUGUUUGCUGCAAUAUAAGCAGAGGUAUUAGCACUAUGGAGAGGGUGUUGUGGAACUACAGUCUACUGCCCUGGGGUGCUGGGAGUUAAAAUUUUCUUAUGGAUGGAGUCACAUCACAUGGGAGAUUCUUCCCUGGUUAUACUUUCAUGGACAUGAUGGAUGGAAAUGUAAUUUUUAUCUUCCCAGUUCAUAUCAGUAACAAAGACUGAAGCGUUGCCUCCCGUAGCAGCCCAUCAUUUAUAUACACUGUAUAUAGACCCACACACGGCCUUGUGUGCAAAUGCGAAUCACUAGAUUAGAGAAACGUGCCUUUUAUUUAUCCCGGUCAUUGCACAAACUCUUAAUUUGCCUCAUUGUUAUAGUUGUGUGCCUGCUUACAUAGUGUCAAGAUUUUCUACUGCUGUCUAGUGGCUAGGGAUGAAUAACUCUAGCAACCAAGCAGCAGUCUGGAAGUCAGAAUAGAAGAUGGGGCCUUGAGAAAAAAAAAUAAGCCAGAAAAUGGCCAUAAAAGGAAAGCCUCAAUGUUUUGUUGGUUGCUAAGGUCAGCGAGCCUGACAACCACCUAGGCAAAUAUGGGAAGGGCAAUAAUUAAAUAAAAAUACAAAAAUAAAUAAUGAAGAGUAAUUUAAAAAGUGUGCAAUGUUAAAGUGAACUUCCCAUUUGAAUCACUGUAUGACUUGUUGACUUGUUGCAAUACAGUAUUUCAACAUGUAUAAAUGGUGCUUUCUUUUGCUUCCUGCACAUAACCCCCACCAGUUUGCACAAUCACCCAGUUAUGGGUGGCAGUAAGUCUCAUGCUUCAUUAUUUUAUGGUCUAAACCAAUAAUAAAAGUCGAUUUCGCAUUGUUGGUUGAACCGCG